CUUGGAUCUAGUUUUUGGGCCCUCUGAAGGUUGCUAAAUCUACCUGAAGUGGACUAAAGACUGACCUGCGAGCUCUGGGCCAAAUGAACCGGCCCGUGACCCAAACCCAUAUGGUCCGCGCCAAGCUCGCUCUGCUGUUGUAUAUUCCCACCGUUGAGCUCUAUGGUAACCUCUACGAUGCUUUGCUACCAGUCAUCCAACCAAUAAAAAUCGUCAAGAGAUUUUGAUUUCUGGGUCUUUUUAGAACUCCAUGUUUGAAAUAGUGCAUACAAAGCAAAGCAAACCAACCCAUUUCAUUGCCACACAGAGAGAGGCAUAAAUGGGGACGAGAGCAAGACUGCCGAACCUCAUUCGGAGCCUCCAAAAGGAAGCCCAGCCAAAACCCACAUGCCAACAAUCGCUGCCUUCGCUUAGACGCGCCUUCUCUCUCUACGAUCAGAUCAAUCUCAUUGACAACGUCCCUAAUGACCAGCUUCGAUUUCAACGGUACACGGACUCAGGGUUCACAGUGAAUGGGGUGGACUAUGAAGGAAGCUUGCUUUGUGUUGGGAACAUGUUGAUGUCUUGGGUUCCAAAGAAAUUCUCUGAAAUCACUCCUGAUAGCCUGUCCAUCUUCCAAACUGUGCGACCUGUGCCAGAGAUUUUGAUUCUUGGCUGUGGGAGGUACAUUGAACCUGUAAGUCCUGAACUACAACGCUUCAUCCGGUCUACUGGAAUGAAAUUAGAAGCCAUUGACUCGAAAAAUGCUGUAUCAACCUACAAUAUACUCAAUGAGGAAGGGAGGAUUGUGGCUGCUGCGCUUUUACCGUAUGGGAUUUUGUCAUGAUUGCUGGACUUACCGCAGGAUGCUUGCUCACUGCAUCCUUUUAGUGACCAUCAAUCUCUUGACCACAAGGUGCAUUGAGCCUAAAGUAAAUGCCUCCAUUGAUUUGGAAGCAGUCUGUCUGUCGCAUGUGUAACUGUGAAGCGUUUUUCUACUUUUCCUCUUAAAUUUAUCAAGAAGAAGUAACAAAUUUUGAAGAGCAACUUCGAUAAUACUUUCGGAGUUAUUUUUCCUUCAACA